AACACAACACCUCUGUUUACCUCUUUCAUCCAUCCAUCUGCUCUAGCACUCUCUCUCUCUCGCUACGUUGCUAACUAAUAAUAACAAGCAGUGAAGUUGAGAGAAGCAGAUAGAUCAGAAAGAAUGAGGAAGGCAUCAUACAACAGCAUUGUGAUUGGGGUGUGGGCAGUGGUCGCAGUGGUGGCAAUGGGCGACGCAGUGCAGGUGUCGAUGGCAGCAGCUGCGUCGUGCAACCCGUUCGAGCUGAGCCCCUGCAGCAGCGCCAUCAUGUCGGCCACCAUGCCAACCCAAGUCUGCUGCAAAAAGAUCAGAGAGCAGAAGCCAUGCCUGUGCAAGUACCUCGCCAACCCCAACUUCAAGAAGUUUGUGAACUCCCCAAAUGCAGCCAAGGUUGCUGCGGUCUGCGGCACUCCUUUCCCCAAGUGCUAAAAACUAGUACUACAGCCCCAUCUGCUCUGCUCUGCUCUGCUUGCUUGCUAGCUAUAUUCCAAAUGAAUGUUUCAAGUGCGUACAAUGAUGGAUCCAGAGUCUAUAUUAUUUAUGUGUGUUUAUGUGUGGGCUUUGUUGCUGGUUGCUGUUUAUGUUAGUGGCUAUUGAGAGAGCCAUUUUGUACUUUGCAUGCUCUUUUGAGUGCUUUUUACAUAGUAGGUUGUACUAAUUAAUGAGUAAAUUUAGGCACCAAGUUAAUUAUUGUCA